CUUGCUACCAAUGGAUCGAGGGCUACCAGGACCUGGAGCUGAGAGAGGGCACGGGCAAAUUGAUCUGUGACGAUGGCCAGAACUCCUGCCUGCUGAGACACAGGACGGAAGAGCUGAGAAGCAGGCAGGACACUUACAGGUGGAUGGAAUUUGCUCCUGGCUUGCCGCGGUGUGUGGCGGUGGACACCAUAGACGAGAUGAAUACCAACAUCAAGUUCUCCUUGACCAAGAUGAGCACUUUCAUCGCCCGUUCGAAACUGACAAAAUUGGAGUUUAGGUUAAAAGGCCUAAUGAACUAUCACAAUUCCUGGAAAAAACUCGAGGACAUUCGCAAGAUUUUCUGGUUCAACAAGACCUUGGUUUCAGAAUAUGUUGCUGAUCAUUGGCAAGAAGACACCUUCUUUGGCUACCAGUAUCUGAAUGGGGUCAACCCUUUGGUGAUCGAGAAGUGCACGGAGAUCCCGGCCAAAUUCCCUGUGACCCAGGAGAUGGUCGCUGAGUCCCUUGGAAAAACCACCACUCUCUCGGAGGAGCUGCAGAAGGGGAACAUCUUCAUAGUGGACUACAAGAUGCUCCAAGGAAGCCCGACCAACGUCAUCAAUGGUGAACAGCAGCAUCUGGCUGUUCCUUUGUGCCUCUUCCACCAGAGGUCUUCUGGGAAUCUCGUACCGAUAGCAAUCCAGCUCAGCCAAAUCCCGGGUGCCGACAGUCCCAUUUUCCUUCCCAGCGACCCACACUGGGAUUGGACCCUAGCUAAGAUGUGGGUGCGCAAUGCCGAUUUCCACAUCCACCAGAACAUUUCCCACCUCCUGAAGACCCACCUGAUGGCUGAGAUCUUCACCAUGGCCACUCUACGGCACCUCCCCAUGUGCCAUCCAGUGUUCAAGCUCCUGAUUCCACACAUAAGAUACACCCUCCAGAUCAACAUAUUAGCCAGGAUCCGUCUGAUCAAGAAAGGUGGCAUGAUGGAUCAGGCCACCUCAGCCGGGUUUGAAGGAGUUGGUUUCUUGGUGAGCCGAGGGGUGCAACAACUGACCUACUCUUCGCUCUGCCUGCCAGAGGACAUCAAGGAUCGUGGCGUUGAGUCUCUCGCCAACUAUUAUUAUCGAGAUGACGCCACCAAGAUCUGGGCUGCCAUAGAGAGUUUCAUGGCGGGCUUCGUCCAAUACUAUUACUGGAACGAUGACCGGAUCAGAGGAGAUGCCGAGCUGCAGGCCUGGAUUUCGGAGAUCUUCAAGGAAGCAUUCCAGAGCCGCGAGGCGUCGGGGGCUCCCUCAACUCUAGCGACCGCAGAGGAGCUCACCAAAUUCCUAACCAUGGUCAUAUUUACCUGCUCAGCUCAACAUGCUGCUGUCAACAGUGGGCAGUUUGACUUUGGUGCCUGGAUGCCAAACAUGCCCCCGACCAUGAGGAGACCACCACCCACCACCAAGGGUACUGCAUCCCUGGAGGACAUCCUCAAGAUCAUCCCGCAGGUCAACAUCACCUGCAUUGCGCUCUCUUCCCUCUGGCUCUUGAGCAAAGAAGCUGGGGAUCAGAGACCGUUGGGGUUCUACCCAGAACGUCACUUCGUGGAAGAGGAACCCAGGAGGCUGAUCGAGACAUUUCAAAACCGCCUGGAGGACAUUUCCGAGCAAAUCAACCGGCGGAACCAGGCGUUGGCUCUCCCCUACAAUUACCUCAACCCACCCUUCGUUGAGAACAGUGUCUCCAUCUAAGUUUGGGGAUGGAGACGAUGACAUCCAGAGGGCCAGAUUUCCACCUCAUCCAAUUGUGGAGCUAACUGUCAACAGGGAGCUGCAGCAGAGGAGAUGAAAGAGCCACAUGCGGCUCCAGAGCCAUAGGUUGCCAACUCCUGCUCUAUACCCUGUAGGACAAACGGCUGUCC